CUUUUUUUUAUUUUUGGCAACUCUCACACAGAUACAACAGUGCAGAGCAGAUGGUUGUAAAAUCUUGUCAGCAGUUCCCACAAGUGCCUCUUCCAUUCAAGUAAAAUGGGAACCAUACCCUUUAGCAACAGGUUACAUUGUGGACAUUCGAAAGAAAAACGCCACAGACACGGCACCAAUUAUCAUUGCCGUAUCGUCGCAAGUGACUGAUAGAACUGUCCAGGGUCUGAAACCUGGAAUUGAGUAUAAUGUGACACUUAAAGUCAUGAAUUUUUUUACUGUACAGUGUGUGACCUCAACGGCAGGGACCACUGUUCCUGACACAUCACAGAUUCUUGAUGGUUUUUCACAGUCAAGCACCUCCGUCACGGUAAAAUGGAGUGCAGUACCGUCUGCACAGUCCUACAUCCUGGAGGUGCGCUCUCAGACCACAGGGAAAACGAUAAGCUUCUCAUUCACCAACACCUCGGCUGUAGUGGGAAACCUGCAGCCGUCCACCAACUACGACUGCUACGUUACAACAGUCAACCAGGCAGGCAUGGGAAGCAAAAGCAAAGUCAGGACCAUCACAACCUUGGUUCAGCCUCCGCUGGGAGUUACUGCAACCCAAACUGGUCCAGUAACAGCAAGUGUCACAUGGCAACCAGUGGAUAAUGUCUUGUCAUACCUGGUCGUCGUUCAAAGCCUCAGUGACCCCACAAGCCAGCCUUUUGUGCGCAACGUCACGGACACCAAGCUGGAUGUUCCUGGCGUCCAACCAUGUUCCAAUUAUUUGAUAUCAGUAUCGUCAUACAGCAAGUUCCUGGUACCGAGCGAGCCCACGAACUACAUAUAUUCCACCAACAAACUGACUCCAGUCGCAUCCGUCUCUGUAAACUACACCUGCGCCAACAACUCCGUCAGGGUAACCUGGUCGCCUGUUUCUGGGGCCAAGUCUUACCUGGCCACAGCAGUGGAUGAUAAAGGAUUGCAGAUGAUGUGCACAAGCCAGAGCACUACCUGUUCCAUCGCUGGGCUGAACUGUGGCCAGCACUACGUGGUGAACGUAACGCCGGUGUCGGACAGCUGCAAGAACUCGGUCAACGCCACCUCGGCUUYUUUUCAGACUGCUUCCUGUCCUCCAAGCAACUUGAUGUUGUUUAGACAAUGCCAGAGUGACGUCAUCACGUUUUCAUGGAAUCGCACAGACAACGCUGAAUACUACCUUGCAAAGGCAGUCGACUCCAAGGGAGUGGUUUACAACUGUCUGACUGGAGACACGUCUUGUGAUUUCACACGAACACUGUGUGGACGACUCUACACCUUCACAGUUCAGUCUGCCACAGGGGGAUGCACAAGUACAAUGAGCUCAAGUGUUUCCAUUCAAACAGCACCCUGUAUGCCUCAAAAUCUACAAACGUCAGCCAGCUGCAGCAGUAACGUUUUAAUCAGCACGUGGGACCUUGCUGAGGGGGCGCUGGGGUACACGGUUAAUGCUGAAGGCAACUAUCAGGGCAGUAAAUAUAACUGCAGCUCCCAGACCAACAGCUGUGCUAUGGAGGGUGUGAUCUGCGGAGAGAGCCUGACCAUCACCAUCAAAGCUUUUGACAAUGAGUGCGCCAGCCCAUUGCUGUUGGGGAAUCCUGCUGAGACAGUCCCGUGCACUCCUCUGAAUGUAUCAGCUGUGAAAGACUGUGGAUCCAACUCCAUCACUGUGUCCUGGAGCAUGAACAGUGGUGCAAUUUUCUAUGUUGCAAUGGCAAAAGAUAGUAACAACAGGAUUUACAGCUGCAACUCCAUGGAUCUGUUCUGUAAGAUUCAAAACCUGAAUUGUGCCACAAACUAUGACAUUACCGUCCUUUCCUCCAACUUCUACUGCAACAGCACAGAGAGUGCUGUCUUUACCAUAAAGACAGCCAACUGCCCACCAAGCAACCUCACUGCCUCUUUGGACUGUGUGUCCAACAUGGCUCUGAUUUCUUGGAAUGCCAGUCCAUCAAUGAGCUCCUUCACCGCUACCAUGACGGAUGCAAGUGCCGGACUUCUCAGCUGCAGCUCAUUUACAACCAGCUGCAAAGUGCCCAACCUGAAGUGUGGCCAGCUCUACGCAGUCACUGCCACUUACUUUGAUGGCAUCUGCUCCAGUAUGCCCUCUGAUCCCAUCUACAUGCAGUCAGUUCCCUGUGGUCCAGACAACAUGCUCGUUAAUGUGGACUGUGCAUCUGGUGGUAUGAACAUUAGCUGGAGUGCAAGCAAAAGCUCAGAGGGCUACUUGGCCGUGAUCUCAGACAGCUACAACCAGAUGUCCUCCUACAACACCACAGACCUGAAACUGAUAGUUCCUGCUAAGCAAUGUGGGCAGCAGUACACAGUGAGAGUGAAGUCCUUCAAUAGGAGCUGCAUCAGUUUUCCAUCAGAAAUUAAAUUUAGUGAAGCCCCAUGUGUGCCCACUAAUGUGGUGGCAAACAGAAGCUGUGGGCAGAAGUUUGUGGAUGUGACGUGGCAAGCCAGCCGGGGAGCCAAAAACUACACUGCAGCUGCCGUGGACGAUAAAGGCAAUCGCUUGAAUUGUGUGUCUAAUCAGACAUCCUGCAGGCUGGACGGCAUAAUGUGCGACCAUGUUUACAGCAUCAGUGUGGUCGCUGUGGAUGACUUUUGUACCAGCAUGAAGAGCCUCCCCGUGAAACUAACAAUAGAGCCCUGUCCUCCCUCUCAUCUAACCGCCUCGGUGAACUGUACUAACAACUCCGCCAAGCUGAGCUGGAACAGCAGCCCAAAUGCAGUGUCCUACACUGGAACGGGAACGGGCUCAGACGGAACCAUUGUGACAUGUGAGGCAGGGCUGGCACAGGGGUGUGAGCUGAUAGGACUGAACUGUGGCAUGGUGUAUACUUUCACCGUUUCAGCAUCAGACGGUAACUGUCGAACUAUAGACAGCGAACCGGUCAUCGCCACAACCGGCCCAUGUGCUGUUCAGAACGUGCUGGCUGCCAUCAACUGCAGCGCCAACACACUGAGCGUCAGCUGGGUGUCUGGAUCCAUCCUCAUGAACUACAGCGCCACCGCCGUGAUUGCAAACGGCAUCGCGCUCCAGUGCACCACACAGGGUUCCAGCUGCACAAUCGCUGGCUUACAGUGCGGUCAACAAUACACGGUGAACGUGAAGCCCGUCAGCAGCACAUGCGAAGGCCCCGGCAGUGCACCAGCGAUUGUAAAUUCAGUUCCCUGUGUUCCCAUGAAUGUCCAAGGCAUUGUGGACUGUUCCACUAACAUGUUGCAAGCAUCCUGGGAUAAAGCAUCUGGAGCUUUGUCCUACAUCUCCACACUGACAGGAGCAGGAAAUUUCUAUGCCUCCUGUUCAACAGUUACCCAGAGCUGCUCUUUUCCGCAACUGCAAUGCGCUCAGACUUAUUCGCUCAGCGUGAUGGCCCUCAGUGACAGAUGUAACAGCUUAAAAAGUGCCAUAGUCACAACUAAAACAGCUCCCUGUGACCCGACAAAUGUUACAGCUUCUCUAAACUGUCUCACUGGUGUGGUGAUGGUGACAUGGACCGCCGGCGCUGGAGCCAGUAAUUACUCAGUCCUCGCCGAAACUGACGGGAAUGUUGACUUUUGCUCCUCCACCAGCACUUCCUGUCAGCUGACAAAGCUGCAGUGUGGGAAGGCUUACACAGUGAUGGUAAUGGCAGGGGACGGAAAGUGCAACAGCUCCGUCCUUGCUAAAACCAACAUAACUUCAGCUUCCUGCGCUCCGGUGAUUCAGGACUACUCUUACAGCUGUGUCACUAACAGCACCUUGGUCACGUGGACUAAGGACAAAAAUACCUUAGGCGUGACGAUAACCGCCACCUCCAGCCAGGGAGACUCGCCAUCUUGCAGUUCUUCCACCAACAACAGUUGUGUCCUGGAUAAUCUGCUUUGUGGACAAAACUACACUGUUCAGGCUGUUGCUAAAGGAGCCCAGUGCACAAGCAAACCCAGCUCUGCUACUCAGAUUGUCACCGCACCCUGCACCCCYGUGAACGUGAAGUACCAGUACUCCUGUGGAACUGGGAUUGCCUCGGUGAGCUGGAACUCAGCUCUGGGUCGAAACAGUUUCUUCGUUCGGGCCCAGUCUGGGAACCAGUCAGUCUCCUGCAGCACCAGCCAAGGGACUAGCUGCUCGCUGCCUGCGCUGCUGUGCAGUCGCACUUACAACAUAGAGGUCACGGCGAUGGUUGACAACUGCAGCAGCAGCGCUCCUGCUGUGAYGCAGAUACAAACUGGCCCUUGUGCUCCAACAAAUAUUAGCGCUUCGCUGUUGUGUGAAAACAACACAGCCAAGGUGAGCUGGCAGCAAAGUCCCGGAGCGGUGUCAUACAACGUGACGGCGGCUGGAGAAAACGGCGACGUGAAGCAAUGCACCACCAACACCUUGAGUUGUCUGAUCCCUAACAUGAGCUGUGGUCAGACCUACAGCAUCACUGUCAGCCCCUUUUCUAACCAGUGCAAGGGGCAAGACAGCCAGCCAUACAGCUAUGUUUCAGGCUCCUGUCCUCCCACAAAUGUCGUCGCGUCUCUGCAGUGUGCCGGUAAUGUUGGUGUCGUGACCUGGAAUGCCGCCUCGAAGGCAGAUCAGUACGUGGUGUCGGCUUUGCCUUCCGUCAUGAACGGACGCGUCUCCAACUGUUCGUCCAGUGGAACAGGCUGCUCCCUCACAGGCCUGAAGUGUGGCGACACAGUCACCAUCUCUGUGGUCACUGUGGAAAGAGGCUGCCAGAGCCAACCCAGCGACCAAACCAUGUUAAAAACAGUCAUCUGCCCGCCCACCGGCCUGUCCGGGGUGACCAAUUGCAACAACAAUGACAUCACAGUAAAAUGGAACCAGAGUCCAGAGAUGGUAGCUGGUUAUUUUAUCCAGUCCCAGGAAACCGGUGGGGCUGUCGUCAACUACACCAUAUCGCAGACGUUUUUUGCGCUCACGGGGCUGAAGUGUGGAAAGCAGUAUUCGUUYGGGGUCAGCACCAGGAACUUUCAGUGCAGCAGUGUCUUCAGCGAGCAGAUACAAACUAAUACAGCACCCUGCCCUCCAACUAACGUGACUGUAAAAACCGACUGUGGCACCAGUUCGGCAACUCUGGCCUGGGCUCCAAGCACAUACGCCAUUUCAUACACAGCUACGCUAAUUGCUACCAAUGGCCACGUGGUCUUCUGCUCUUCUAACACAACAACCUGCACAGCGAAGGUGGAGUGUGGAAGCCAGUAUUCAGCCGUUGUGGUUGCUUCUACAGCAUCGUGCAACAGCAUUGGGUCAACCAACAUAACUUUUGCUUCAGCUCCCUGUCUGCCGGAUCAGGUCCAAGCAGACCUGAACUGCAGCACCAACUCCUUUGGAGUGCAGUGGAAAGCAAGCAAUGGCAACGCWGGCACGUACACUGCAAUGGCCAUCAGCAGUGACAACGCAACUCAAACUUGUAGCACUGUUGGCACCAAAUGCACCAUCCAGAACCUACAAUGUGGCACCUUGUAUGGCAUAGUUGUUACUACAUCAUCUGUCAGCUGUGGGACCAUUGGGGGCUCUGAUUACCACAUGUACUCAGCUCCCUGUAAGACGGACAUCACGUCUAUGAAUUUGCAAUGCAGCAGUAACGUGGCGCAAGUCACCUGGGGAAACGCUGGUCCAGAUCAGACUCAGGUGGUGACAGCUGUGGACAGCAAAGGACUGGUCUCCACCUGCAACUCCAGUGGCUCUAGCUGCACCUUCAACCAGCUGAGCUGUGGGAUGAAAUACCUCGUCAGUGUUGUCGGCUACACAAACUCAUGCAGCAGCAACCCAACUGUUCCCAAGGAGCUCAACACAGCUCCAUGUGUUCCGACCAACGUCAGCGGACAAGUAGACUGUAGCACUGGUAUCACAGCCGUCACAUGGACUGCAGCCCUUGGUGCCACAUCGUAUACGGUGUACGCUCAGGGCAGCCUCGGCUACAAAGCUGAUUGUAACAACACAAACACUCUCUGCAACUUCCCAAGCCUGGCCUGUGGGCAGGACUACAACAUUACUGUGGUGGCUCGCUCCGCCACCUGUGUCAGUUUGGCCAGCAAGUCCAUCACUGUGUCCACAGCCCCUUGUCCUUACAGCGGUCUGCAGGUAUCACGGGACUGCAUCAACAACACAGUCUCGACUUCUUGGACUCCCGGCUCCGGCGUUCUCUACUACAUUGCCUCGGCUGAUGCCGUUAACAUGGUCGACCGUCAGACCUGCUCAACAAAUGGCUCCUCUUGUAACAUCAGCUCCCUGCGCUGUGGGGAAGUUUACAAAGUCAGCAUCAGCGGACAGGGAAAGACGUGUCCCAGUCCCGCCCAGAACUUUAACACAAUAAUCACAUCUGCGUGUCCUCCCACCCAGCUGAGAGUGAACUCUUCCUGUGGAUCGAACAGCAUCACGGUGUCGUGGCAGGCCUCGAAGGGCUCCAUCUCCUACAUGGCUGUGGCUGAAAACGCACAGGGCCUCAAGUGGUCCUGCAACACCACGGGCACCACCUGCCAGAUACCUAAUUUGCUGUGUGGACAGGAUUACAACAUCUAUGUUUCUGGUAUUGAUUGGAACUGCAUCGGAGCCAGGAGUCAAAUAAAAGUAAUUCGCGCUGCUCCAUGUGUGCCAGACAAUGUUCAGACUAACCUGGACUGUCUGUCUGGUGUUCUCAACAUCACCUGGCAGUCGACGGGUUACUUCGUGCAGUUCUACGCCUCUGUGGUGAGCAGCAAAGGUCAAGUCAGCACCUGUGAGACGGAUAGUCUUUACUGCGUAAUCAGCAGCUUGCAGUGCGACACGACAUAUAGCGUGACGGUGAUGGCCCAAAACGAGAUCUGCAACAGCUCUCUCAGUCCCACAAAACAAGUUGCUACAGCUCCCUGUCCACUGUUGUCCUUCCUUCCUUUCGUGGACUGUAACAAUGGAGUUCUUAUGGUUACCUGGACCAACAACGUGCCGGGGGUUGUUUACACAGUGAAUGCAGCUGAUGCUGCAGGUCGCGUGCAUAACUGCAGUGGCACAAACAGCUGUAAUAUUAGGACACUUAACUGUGGGACGGGGUACAACAUCACCAUCACACCGUCCAGGAAUAACUGCACUGGCAAAACCAGCCCUGCAAAACUAAUCACAACAGUUCCCUGUGUACCUUAUCUGACGAAUGUGGAGAUGGACUGCCUGUCAAACUCAGCGUGGGCCGUAUUUAAUGACACGGCUGGGGCCACGCAAUACAUCAUCACAGCGACAAGCAGACAGGGCGUCAUCCAGACUUUUAGCUGUAACAUUACAAUAGGCGGGACGUGUUCUCUGCCACAGCUGCCGUGCAGCCAGAACCUCACCUUCACCGUGCAGGCCCAGGACCAGCAGUGCACCAGUGCAAAGAGCAACGCUGUGCAAACCGAAACAGCUCCAUGCCCGCCUCAGAAUGUAACAGAAACCAUAAGCUGCAACGAUGGAACCAUGACAAUCACGUGGUCGCCUGUCCCCGGGGCGAUAACGUACACAGCACUGCUGGAAUCCCUGAGCAACGGCUUGUCCAGCUGCUGCAACACAUCUGGAACCGUCUGUAACAUGAAAAACUUGCCGUGUGGAGAAAUGUACAAUCUGUAUGUCAUAGCCAAGGGGCGGACCUGCAACAGCUUAGAGAGUGACAGCUUUGUCACCAAAACAUUGGCGUGUGUUCCUGGUAAGCUCAAAGCCAACAURAGCUGCAGUGACAAUGUGGCUUCCAUGUCUUGGGCCAGCAGUAUGGGUGGACAGCUCUACACCGUGACAGCCGUGGGUCCCAACGGCCUGAAGGACGGGUGCAGUACGCCUGAUACUACGUGUGAACUGUCCAAUCUGCAGUGUGGACAGUACUACACAGCCACUGUGACUGCAGGGGACAUGCGAUGCCAGAGCCAAUCAAGCAACAGUGUAAAAAUCAAGACAGUACCAUGCACUCCUAGUAGUACCUCCUCCAAAAUGAACUGCAAUGCCGAUUCUCUGAUUGUUUCCUGGUCUGAGAGCACCGGAGCUGAUUCCUACAUCGCCACCUUUUGGGACAGCAGUGGCCAGACAACCACUUGUCAGGGCACAACCGAGGGCUCGUGCAAUGUGACAGGACUUGGCUGCGGUCAGGUCUACCGCGUCUCUGUCGUCUCCUCUGAUGGGUACUGUCAAAGCCCGCCCACGCCUGAAGUCAAUACACCUUCAGUUCCAUGUAAAGCAAGACUGAUCAAGGCAAACAUUAACUGCUACACAAASACAGCCCAGGUGUCGUGGUACCCGAGCGAUGGAGGUUUGAUGUACUCGGUAUUGGCCACCACAGCAUCAGGCCAGAAUGUCACGUGUAAGACCAACACGACCUCCUGCGAUCUAGAAGGGCUGCUCUGUGGUCAGAGCUACUCUGUGUCUGUGAAAUCUAUGGGAGAGACCUGCAGCAGCGUCGCUAACAUGGUCGGAGCACUGAUCACAGAGCCUUGCAUCCCAGUAGACAUCACCACACACUACUUCAUGUCAGUCGGCCAGGUGGAGUGGGAUGUGACCACUGGCGCUGACUACUACACUGUUCGUGGAGAAACAGACCAGGGCCUCACAGCCUCCUGCAACACCAGCCUCACCUCCUGCACUUUACUCAACUUGAACUGUGGACAGACGUACAACAUCACAGUCACGGCACACAACCAGGCGUGCAAGGACGUUUCUGUCUCUACUGAAGUUGGAACAAUUAUGACAGAACCUUGUCCGCCUAACAACGUGGGAACAUAUGUGAAGUGUGGAGCGGGUCAGGGAACCAUAUCAUGGGAGCCCAGCAGGGGCGCUGAGGCCUAUGAGGUAAAACUGCUGGGAACUGAUGGCCACUCACUGACCUGCUCCAGUAAUGAUACCUUCUGCAGCGUAAAAGGCCUCCACUGUGGGAUCGCCUACACCACCACUGUCAUUGCUACGGGGGAAACGCUGGCCGGCAAGCCUUCCACACCCGUACUGCUGGUUUCAGCUCCUUGUGUAGCCAGCAAUGUGGUGGUCAACCUGAACUGCCACAACAACUCAGCUGACGUCUCGUGGAGCUCAGCCCAUGGAGCCAACUCCUACAAGGUGACUGCUGAGUCAGCAGAUGGCUUCCGGUCUUUGUGUGAAACGAAUGGGAACCAGUGUACCUUGACAAAGCUGCAGUGCGGUCAGAUGUACAACGUCAUCAUGACAAGCGUCAGUGACAACUGCCAGAUCGAUACACAAACUAAUCUUACCUUCAACUCACGCCCCUGUCAGCUGUUGAACGUUGAAGUGGACCUAAAGUGUGGCACAAGAACCGCCAACUUGUUCUGGAAUGACGAAAAAGGGGUGGAGCUCUACGUGGCUACUGCCACCUCCAGCAUGGGAAUAACUCUGCAGUGCAACUCUACCAACGUCACCUGCGGUUUCCCUUACUUGAAAUGUGGGGAAACGUACCAGUUCUCUGUAACUGCAUACAGGGACGCAUGUUACAGUGAGAUCAGCAACAUUGUGGAGAUUCAGACAGAACCAUGCCAGCCAACUGGUCUGAUGGUCAGUGGAUCRUGCAACAAUGACACCAUUGUCUUGGACUGGCCUGAGGCUAAAGGCGCAUCRUUUUAUGAGGUGACCAUCAGUGGACACCUGGGAUACACCGCAUCUUUCCAGACCAAUGAUACAAUAAUAGAAACUGUUCUGCCUUGUGGACAAAUGUUCAAUUUAACUGWACAAGCCAAAGAUGGUCGAUGUGGCAGCACCGUCAGCUCAUCUGAACRAUACAAGUCAGAGCAUCACACACUGUGA